AUGAAUAUCGUAAAGCAUCUUCGCCUGGGCUCCAAUGAUCGAGUCCCACUGCUCCGAGAUCCGCGACACCCGAAUGCUGGGGGCCAUGACAAUCUACCAUCUCCCAAACAGACUCACUCCCACUCUAGCGCGGCUCAGAAUAAUGAAACUGCUGAAGUUUUCUUCAUUGGCACCGCUACAACUAUAAUUGACUGGAAAGGCUUUCGCAUACUUACCGAUCCCAACUUUCUUCACGCCGGAGACCAUGUCCACCUCGGUCCGGGUGUAACCGCGACGCGCCUCACAAACCCAGCACUGGACCUUCAUGAUCUGCCUUCGUUGGAUUGUAUCCUGCUCUCACACUAUCACGAGGACCAUUUUGACAAGCUCGUCGAGGACUCGGUAAACCGCGACUUUCCCAUAAUCACAACAUCCCACGCGACACGGUGCCUUACAGAGGUCAAAGAUGAGCCGUUUCGUAAUGUUGAAAGCCUAGAGCCCUUCGAAACUCUAAUACUCGACACUUCGUCGGAAAGUCACAAGGGCAAGCGCAUGGUAAAAGUUACCGCAAUGCCAGGCAAGCAUGUUCCUCCGGGAUUAUUGUCUACAGCAAAUGAUCUGCUGGGAGCAGUUCCUCCUACAAACGGCUGGCUGUUGGAACUCGGCUACGAAAAGAAAACGGGGAGCAGUGGGCUGCAAAACACGGAGAUCGACAUUGGGUAUCGGAUCUACAUAUCCGGCGACACCCUUUUUGUCGAUGAACUUGAGGAUAUUCCCAAGCGCCUGGAGAAUGAACAACUGGAUCUUAUGCUUGUUCACCUCGGAGGAACGACUAUUCCAGGACCGAACGCACCACUGUUAAUGGUGACAAUGGAUGCGAAACAGGGCAUACAACUUAUGCAGUUGAUGGAUCCUGACGUUACGAUUCCCAUCCAUUACGAUGACUACAGUGUUUUCACUUCGCCUCUUUCUGACUUUCAGGCAGAAGUAGAGAGGGCUGGGCUGAAGGACCGGGUGGUGUACCUUGACCGCGGAGAGGCGUAUCGAUUUGCACUAAGGAAUUAG